AUGAAGGUCACCAAGGAUACAGUUACGAUUAGCGAACUACUACGAGUGGGGGGUCUUGAAGGACAAACUGUUCAACUAAAAGAUGCUGAUCCAAAUGAGCUUCAGCUUUUUAUUGACAAUAUGCCUGCCACUAUCAAAGGUAAGAGUGUGAAAUAUGGUUUUUGAUAAAAAGAGGAAUAAAAUUAAACUUACUGUACAAUGUAUGUACGUAAGUUUAGAAACAGGUAGCUCAAGCUUAUGACGAGAGUAGUUAGUUUGGUUUUUGGAAUUGAGAAGCAUAUGGUUAAACCCGUACAUAUGUGAGGUAUGUAUGGAUAACUGGGCUUAAAUAUUUAACAGUAAUGAGCGAAAUAUCCAGAAUAAAUUUUAGAAACGUUAACGCUUAUGAAUUUGGUGAACCGGCAAUCCUCGCGUCAAAACGCGCUGUUAACAGUGUCAAGAGGGGUAGACUACAAGAACAACAUUGAUCUACUUAAAGAGAGCAUGAUAUCGGGCUGGUCCCAGUUCUAGUGAUUUGGAGUCAACAAAUCAGAUCAUAUUUAAGACUAUGAAAGCUUAGAGACAAGCAAUAGUCUGUAAUCCAGAAAUCGAUUGAUGAUGCGAAUUGCUUCCUCGCCUCAUUCUUCUCGCGCGCUGGCGGUUCUGCCGCCAAAAUUUCCCCUGAUAUCCUGACUCGUCCUCAGUCUUCUCUUAUCAUUUGUUAGCGGUCAGCAGAGAAUAGAGACCUUUAGUCAUGUGACCACGGUCUUGCUAUCGCGUUUGCCGUUUGGAGUUCACUUUUGAAUGGCAGGAAGGGCUUUCAGCGAUAAGUGACUUACGACAAGGGUUUUUUUUUGUCUCUAAAAAUUGUACAGCCUUACGUUUAAAGGCACGAAUCAGCUUUCUAUAUCCACCUGUGAUGUGCUACUUAGAUUUUUGACCUCGAAGCAAUGGAUUGUUUUGGGCGAAAAAGCGAAGCACUUUGAAUUUACGAAAAACAACAUGGCGUCACUAAACAAUGAAAGCCUUGCUAAAAUUUGAAAUCCCGGCAACGCGAAACUGCAAACUUGUAACUGCAAACUGAAAAACCUGAUGCUAAAGGUUUCUAAUAUUACGGCAUCUCCCCGCGCUUCUCUCGUUUAAAAAUUAACAGGAGACUGAGAGACGACUGGGGACGAGUCAGCCUGAGAUCUGCCAUAUCAAAGUCUUAUGAUGAAAAGAAUUAUUAAAUUUGUAUUUAUAUUUGGCUAGUUCUCUCUCCACGUUCGUUGGGUAAUUCAUCGACCAGUAAAAAUAACCAUAAGAAAUGGAUAUGGGAAGAGCUACAGUAUGUUGCCCAGUAUCCGGACGGUACCAGUAUCCGGACACUUAAAACAAAAACUCAAUUUUUGAGGCGCCCUUUUCAGUUAUCGGUAAACAAAGUAUUUCGAACGAAAGCUGAACAUUUCGGCUUUAAGAUGAAGGUUUUGGCGAGUUGAAAGCUUGCGAAACAGUCGCAGAAGACGCCGUUCUGUUCAGGUGAAUAAACAUUUGAUGGCUAAUAUUUACGCUGUUUACUGCGCAGUAAAAUUAGUGCUGCUCAGAAAAGGGUAGGUAAUAUGUGAUAUUUUAAAAGAAACGGUUUUAUAUUUAAAGUGAAGAUACUUAAAGAAGUCAGGUUCUCAGAAAGUUUAUUAAUUCCUCUUGAAAUUCGAUUUGUUUGGAAUAACGGAGCCCAGAAACAUUCACUAAGUAUUGCCGUCAGGUGCCCAGUAUCCGGACAGUUUUUUUCUUUGCUGUACAGAAUCGAUGAAUAAACUGCGUACAUUAUCCGGAUAAGAUUUAUUUCAUAUCUAUAACUAUAAUUAAAGCUUAGGAUAUAUGAUAUAGUCGUAAAAUGUAAUUCUACUCAACUCCGUACGGAAAUUUUCUUCACUCAUUCGGAGGCGACUUGAUUUCGUGUGCGCCGCUUGUUUCGCGUGACUGCAUUUUCUAUAUAUAACCGAAAGCGUCGGAGUUGAACCUGGAAUUCUCAUACUUUCCCCAGUUGUGACUGCUAGAAUAGGGUUGCAGCGGUCUGAAAAAUGUCACAAAGGGAUUGAGAGAUGUGAAGUAAGGAGGAAUUAGUGCUAAAAAAGCAGGUUUAUUGUGGGGACUGAGCAUGAAAAAAUCAACACUGCAGGUCAGACUAAAUAGGAGAGUGAUCUUUGACCGUCGCAUUGAAGUCCCUUCCCCAAGCUUUUUUUUUAAAUAAAAAAUGAAGAAAAAAAGUAGUUUGCAGAUUGGCUAAUUGAGCUAACAAACCGCGGCUUCGGCAUGUUCACGGAUGUCUUCCUUAAAUCAGUGAAAAAGUUCCUAGAGAGGAAAGUAAGAAUUAUGCCAUUUAACAACCGCUCGCGUUCCCUACCAUACCCCAGUCAUUUGUUAUGUUUUAUUUCACGAUGCUAGGUUAUAUUUUUGGAAUCGAUUGCCAGAAUACUUUGCAAGUGCAAGAGAAGCUUAGAAGUCAAUUGCCUGUCGAAAUUUAUAUACAAUUACCUUGUUAUUGUUGUGUCCGGAUACUGGGCCAGCUGUCCGGAUACUGGGCAACAUAGGAGCUCUGCAAAAAUAUUAAUUUCGCCAUGGAAACAAAGGCAAAAAAGGUAAACUGUCUUUCGUCAUAUUAAGGUUUAAAUAGAUUUUCUCUGGGCCAAAUUUCAGAGCUCUUGCGACUAACAAAGGAAAGUUAUUGCAAUGUUAAACUGAAGUGUCCGGAUACUGGGCAACAUAGUGUACAUAUAUUUUUUACCCCUUCAUUCCGUUCUUUAAAAAGGCGUAUCUCACGCUCACGUCCGAGCAGUGUGGCCCGGGUUCGAAUCCUGGCGUCGACGCCAUAUGUGGGUUGAGUGUGUUGUUGGUUCUCUCCUUUGCUCCGAGAGGUUUUUCUCUGGGUACUCCGGUUUUCCCGUCUCGGCCUUAAAAACCAACACUUUCAAAUUCCAAUUCGAUCUGGAACGCACGGACAUGUUUCAACGAGUUCUUAAGAACUCUUAAGAGCUCCGUGGAAGCAGGAGAUUACUACUACCAGAAAGAUCAACCCAGUUGCGUUAUCCACGUGAUAGAGAUUUAGCCAGUGGAUAGUGCUAUCCAUCGAUUGAACAACUACUGCCAGGUUUUUAAAUGCUUUACAUUUUUUUUUCGAAGAAACCACGGCCCGGAAUCGAACAGAAUUUCGAUGUCAUAGCCCGCAGGUGUCACCAACGCCGGUAUACAGUCCCGGUUUAUAACUAAGUUGUAUCUAGGUUUUGAGUUCUGCAUCGCAGGAUAUAGAUUUACGAUGCAUUUUUUCAGUCUGUGUAAAAGGACAAAUUUCUGUUUUUAGACACCCCUUAUGUGCCUUGCAAUAAAGAAUGCAACAGAAAGAGUUUUCUUGGACAUUUUCAAUGGUAAUUUUUUUAGACGUUGUCAAGAGCCAUAAUAGGACAGUCGUCCUAUUAUAAUCUCUUGACGUUGUUUAGAAUUAUAUAAAUGGUAUAUUUUGUAAGAAAUCGCGAUUGACAUUUUGACAUGUGAGACGUUUCGCGUUGAGGUUACAUUUUAUGCCAUGAAUUAAUCCUCGUCUCUUCGUACCUCCCCAACUAACGACGGUCUGAAAUUUUUCUUUGUAUUUGAUGAAUAUGUUAAAAGGUAUGGGAAAAUAAUUAAAAGGGUGGGGGGACAAAAUCAGUUACCAGAGGGUUGGAACUCGCGUCUACCACCAAACCUAUCAGCUUCGCAAGCUGAGAACUAGCGGGUAAAACAAAGAGGAGACAUCCCUUGAAAAAAGAGUACUAGCUCGCACAGCGCUUAAAACUGUAGAUUAACUAAAAGAAAUAUACAAUACUUCAUGGAAAUUACGCGCGUAUGGUAUUUACGCACCAUGCCAGUUGUUGACGUAUCACAAAUUGAUGAGCAAGUGCAGUGUUCUCCUUAUCAGGCGGUAACCGGUAAAAUUUACCGCUUGAAGCAACACUUCUUACCGCCUGCAACCUCUUGAAGUCUUACUAAAAUUAAAUAAAUUGUUUCAAAAAAUAUGCAAGUUGUGAUCCAAGCCGAUCCCCUCAGGAAAAGGAAGUAGCUGUGUAUACUUUUUGUUUUUCCGUAUUUACUCUCCCUAAUUACUUUAUUUAAAUGCUGACUGGCACCUUUCAAAGCACUGCAGAAUAACGAUUUUUUUGUGGGCUUAUGUCCCAGUUCUAAGCUUUUUCGACAAGCGGGAAAAGUUCGCGACUUCCGCGACUUGUGUUACUAAAUUGACCCUAGCGGGAAGGCAGCCUUCAUUCGUAAAAUUCUUUGUUUUGAGGUGUUUAAAAUACUUUUCGGUCAAUUGGUUGAGAGGAUGCUCGAAAAUAAAAGCCUUCAUGAACGCGAAGCCCCUCCCCUGGCAGGAGAGUGCGCCUCUGGAAUACAUUUUUGGCCUUACCGGUCAAGAAUGGUCCCUUACCUGCUAAGCUAAAAUGUAGGGAGAACACUGAAGUGAGAUGCAAAAACAAGUUCGCGCUUACGUUUUUUUGGAUUUUAACUCCCUAAACUCCCCUUUCCUGGGUUUCUGAGUCGUUCAGACAGGAUAUUGGCCAGUUCCAUUCCCCACGCACGGAUGAAACCUUUGCAGAUCGUUGGAUUAUAACAUCAAGGUCAAUUUCCAUAUUGUAGUAGCUAUAAUGAAGCAAGGCCAGUCCAAACCAUUUACCAGAUUUCAGCUUGGAAAGUUUUUUUAUUAAAAAAGAUAUUUGUUAUGAAAAAUGUGAGCGAUUUCCGUAAAUUUGUGGAAACCGGUGUGGAUCCGCGCCUGACGUAAUACAGGAUUACACUAUUAGUCUACCGUUUUGUUUUGGAAAAAAAAAACAUUGCCUGCGGAAAAUAAAUGAAUUUGAGCAAAGUGGCCGGUUUGAAUUAGCUUGGCAGAAAUAUACCGCCUAUUAAAAGUACAUUUCAAGCUUGCUAGUAUUUGUUUUUCUCCCUUUCUUCUCUUGUUUUACAAUAGCUCUUUACAGUUGUCUUCAGAGGCAAUGAAAUAUAAGAAGCUAUUCUAUUCCAGUUACCCGACUAUUGCUCAAUUUUCUACGAGAUACAGGCUCUCCUUUAUGGACUCAACAAAUUUCCUUUUUGAAUGACUGCCAAGCAACUGGCGAAGCAAGGAUGCUGCAAGCACCUAUGAAAGGCCGGAAAAUUAUCGCGAAACUCACGAACCGCUAUCCAGGGGAGAGUAGCAAUACCCCUAGGCAUGCUUCCUGUUAAGGAAAACUGGAUGAGUUCCGGCCAUUUGGUGCCCUACUACCAAAAUUACAAAAAUAAUGUACAGUUGCGCUGUGCUCCCGUCCCUACGCAAUGCAACUGAAUACUCGUCAAAAAGCUGACAAGUCCAUGAUUACAGCAUCUAUUAAAGUUCUCGCCAUGAGGACGGAAUUCUUGAUGUAGACGUACUCAGGACGGAUGACUCUGUUACAAUGGAAGCUCCCGCCACCUCAUAUCACCUCUCCUCAGGUUCGCUGGGGAGAAACAACUCAAGACGUCCUACAGUAGUAUUUUAUGGUAAUCUGUGUCGGGAAAGAGAAUAAUUACGUUUUACGUGUUCAAAAAAAAGUCUGGAGUAUAAAUCUUGGAAAGACCAAGCUGUAGAUCAUUCCAAGUGGCCUCGUGCCGUGAGGAGUCAAUCGCAGAAACUGAAUGGAAGCGGCAGAAGAAUUAUCGAAAGGCAAACGAAAGGAGACUUUGCUGUACAGUUUAUAUAGACGUCAUAUGUAGACAUUGCCAUCGCCGCUGUCGCUCCUGUCACAGCUUACAACCCUGUACAGGACAAUCAUUAUCGAGGACGAUAGACUCCCAAUACACUUUGCUGAUGUGAAUGGUUAUAGUUGACUUCAGUUGGUAAUUACCCGAUAAUCUGAAAAUUUUACGCUCAAAAUCGACCGUCUGUCAAAAUGCUUUAUAUCGAAUCGACUGUAUCAGUACGUCUUGUAUAAAUUCUUUAGCUUGCUGUAUUCUUGCAUGGGAGCACGUUUCCCAAAGUUGAAGUCUAAAAUACAUUUGUGUAAAUUUUAUAAAAAUGAGGGCUCGCUCAAGGGAGGAACUAUUUUUGAGAGAUGUCAGUUAACAAACAAGCAAUACCCAUAGUGACGAUGGGUGCAAGUAAUUCUGAAUAUUAAUUUCAUCUUCUUUUGAUAGGUUGCCUGUGAGUAUUCUGCCCGUUUGGCGUGCGUUUUAUUUUGUACAGAAUUCAAAAUUUCUCCGCUAACAAUUUGUUAACUACCAAGUGGUUUCGUCCAUUUACACUACUUUUUUUUUACCUCUUCGCAAUAUUUAUAUUUAGACGUCAAAAACUGAAAAUUUUUUUGCUGUUCAACUACCAUAUUCGGCCCUACGUUUUCAAUUUUAAAACAAGGCCAUUAUGGUCAAGAUACCCUCUGAAUCCCUUCGUUUGAGUAGAUCAAGUACAGCUUUGGGAGCUAUGUAAUGUUUAGUACUUGAUGCUGUGAUCUUGUUUGGAAGAACGUAGGAAGGACAGUUAGUAGCCUAAGAAGUGUCUUUAUAACUGAGUGUCUUCGUAUCAUUAUGCAUGCAGUACUCUUUCAUCGAUCAUUGCGGAUCCUACAGUGUGUAGGACGUGUGUUACAUAAAUAUGAAACUGGUAAAUAGCUUGAUAUGUACCCUUACAAUCAAUGUCUCUGUAUCAUUAUGCAAUACUCUUCCAUCAUUGCUAAUCCCAAGCAGUAUGAAGGACGCGUUUCAGACAUGAACCCUGUAUGCAGCAGUUGUUGUUUAUUCUUAUUGUUCUUUUUUUUUUCUCUUGUUAUUUAAUUGUGAUAAGACAUACUCCUCGCGUAUAGCUCUUGGCGACUUUGAGUAAUUAAUUUCCUUGUUUUAAACCCUUACAGAAAAAAUGCAAGAUCUGCGUGGAGCAAGCGUACAAAGUCCUAUCCCAAGGCCAUCAAGAGAGGUACGGCAGCGCGAACGAGAUUUAGAGAGGCAGCUCAGAGAGAUGCGACAACGCGAAGAAAAUUUACAAAGGCAGUUGCGGGAGUUACAGGAAAACUCGCAAAGACAGCACAGGGAGAUGCAGCAACGCGAACAAAACCUUCAAAGGCAACUAAGGGAGAAACAGCAACGUGAAGAAAACUCAAAAAGGCAGCUGACUGAGAUGCAGCAACGGGAAGAAAACUCACAAAGGCAGUUGAGGGAGCUGCAGCAGCGGGAAGAAAACUCACAAAGGCAGUUGAGGGAGAUGCAGCAAAACUCACAAAGGCAACUCAGAGAGAUGCAGCAACGUGAAGAAAAUUUGCAAAGACAGCUGAGGGAAAAAGACCAGGAAGUAAAUGAACUAGAGUUAAGUCUUUCAUUAGCUCAGCAAACAAUAAGUGAACAUCGACGACAGGAAACAUGCGACUGGGUUAUUUCCCGUAAUGAAAUUCAGAUGACAGAGAAUUGCCUAGGGAGGGGAGGUUGGGGAAGUGUCAAUGAAGGUACCUACUGUGGCUGUACUGUGGCAGUGAAGCAAAUCCAUGACCUGAUUCUAUCCCGCCAUAACAGGCUUUUAUUUGAAAGAGAAAUGAAUAUUGCUUCAGCCUUUUGGCGCCACAAAUGA